CAGAAGAAAAUAAAUAGUCAGUGCAAUCGGUCGAUACUCGGAGCGAAAGAAAAAAUCCGCAAAAAUCCGGAACUAUGGUCGGAAAUGACCGUUUUUCCUUCCAAAACACGGUGCACUGCCUGGCCCGGGUGCUGGCGCGCAUAAAACCAACGCCGUGGGACAAGGUCCAGAGUCUGUUCCGAUACUGUCCGCAGGAGAAUGCGGCCGGGGUGUUCUGCUUGGACUCCCGGGCGCAGGAUGCCGUCAUCGCGUUGGGGCUUUACUUUCUGGAGAGUGGCUACCAGUACGAGAAGGAAAUCAUUCCGUAUUUGCUGCGACUUUCCAAGGCCCUGCCCAGGGCGGUUUGGAUCGAUGACGUCAAGCCGAACAAAAUCGAUAAAAUUCCAACAGCGGAAAAGUUCAGCUUCUGUUUGAACAGCUUGCUGUCGGAUAUUGCCGUAGGAUGUCCAGAGAGUCGCGACGAGAUUAUCGUGAACCAGGUUGAGGUCCUUACGGUCCUCACCAACAUGAUCAAGACAAGUCGCGAAAGUAGCAAUCUUCCGCCGAUCAUCCUGUGCAAGGCCACCGUUCCGUUGCUUCUGGGUUUGGGUCGGUCCAUGGGACGUUACGCCACAACGGAUCCACCGUUGCUGUGCCGGCUAUUUCCGAGAGAUGAAAUUCCGGUACUCAAAACUCCGGAACAGCCCGCAGACUCAAAGUCAAACAAUACCAUCAGUCAAUUCCGCUCCAUCAUCCCUCGGUCCAUGUCGGGAAGCCUGACGGCGGAGAUAACCGAGGAAAAGUCUCCCAAAAACAACAAGAAGAAGCUCAACUCCUUCUACUCGGUCCCGUACGACCAAACCACCUAUUUCUUCUCCAAGUACGGCUCCAGCUUCAACCAAUUCCCCAACAUGCGCUUCUGCGACUCGCCUGAGAAGAAGAACCGGCUCCAAUUCCCCAUCAACCACCUCCAAACGAUCUUCGCCCUGGCCAAGAAGCUCCUCACCAAGGAAACCCUCGAGCAUCUGGACGAGCAAGCCGGAGACAUCUACUCCCUCCACCAGAUCAAACCGUACGGCUACAAGAGCUUCUCCGAGACCAUCAACCUGGUCAUGGUCACGCUGCUUCGGGAGAUCCUCCAGAAUCAGUCCGACCUGCCGACGCCCUUCACCAAGGACGUGCAGGAGUUUGUGAAGCGUCUGUUUCUGAUCGGCCAGACGGAACUGCAAAACAAGCAGCACGACAGCACCGUGGACAAGGUCAACGAUCCGUCCAACAGCGUCGUCAACAAGUACAAGAUCAACGUGAUGGCGAAUGCCGCCUGUGUGGAUCUGCUCGUGUGGGCCAUCGGGGACGAGACGGUGGACGACGACUACACCCUGGCCUCCCUGCAACAGAGCUUGUCCUGUUUGCUGGAGCUGGGGGACGAUAGCGUGUUCAGUUUGCUAAACUUUCGCCGCGACGAGGACGAACUUCUUCUGUUGCCGAUUGAGGCCGAUAAGCUGUGCAGUCGGUUGUACCAGAAGCUGAACUCGGUGCUGGGUCACAAGGUGGUGAUGGACCAUAUGCCGUUGUUGAUGGUUUGCUUGGAGGGUUUGGGUAAAUUGGCGCAAAAGUUCCCCAACAUUGCUGGAACGUCGAUCUCGUACCUGCGAGACUUUCUCGUCGAUCCAAGUCCGAUUCUCACCAAGUUGCAUGCCCAAUCGCAGGCCCAGAACAAGAAGGACAAGGAGAAUGCACCGUUCAGGAUUGUUGUUCAAGGCUCCGACUUCAAGGCGCUCGAUCAACAGGUCAACUACCGCAAGGGUCUCACCAAGUCCGCCCACGAGGCGUUCGAAGCGUUGCGCGACGCAGCGAUCGAGAACCUCGCGAUCGCCCUCAAGGCCGCCCACGGUCUCGACCCGUAUUGCGUCCCAGCCCUGGUCGCCAACGUGUCCAAUCGCCUAUUCACGGUCGAAAAGCAGGAAACCGAAUCCAGCCUGGUGUCCCUGAACAUCAUCGUGAUGCUGGGUCACGUGGCCGUCGCCCUGAAGGACACCCCCAAGACGACCAACAACAUCCUGCAGUUCUUCAUCCAGCGGUUCUGCAAGGUGCCCUCGGAGCAGAACGUGCUCAUCGUGGACCAGCUGGGCUGCAUGAUCAUCUCCAAGUGCGAGCCCGUGGUGUUUGAGGAGAUCAUGAAGAUGUUUUCGCGCGUCACCGUCCAGGCGGCGUCCCUCGCCUACUCGACCAAUCCGGAGCAAAGUGUUUACAGGAAGUCGUACCACCACGUGUCGGACGCGGUGGUGAACGCGUUGGCCAACAUCGCCGCCAACAUCCAGGGCGAGCUGGAGAUGCUGGACCUGCUCGGGAAGCUGCUGGAGCUGUUUGUGCAGAUCGGGCUGGAGGGCGAACGGUCGUACGACAGCACCUCGGGGGCGGCCCAGAAGGCCAGCUCGAGCGCCGGCAAUCUGGGCAUGCUGAUUCCGGUGAUUGCCGUUCUGGUGCGCCGGCUCCCACCCAUCAAGAACGCCAAGCAGCGGCUGCACAAGCUGUUCAAGGACUUUUGGCUGUACUGCGUCGUGAUGGGCUUCACCAAUGCGCGCCUCUGGCCGUCCGACUGGUACCAAGGAGUGCAGCAGAUCGCGGCCAAAUCUCCGCUGUUGAUAUCACAGACGGCGCACCGGUCGGAGAUGCGCGAGCUGAACUACACCUCGGCGAUCCGGUCGGACAGCGUCAGCUUGAACGAGCUGAGGAGUCAGAUUCUGGUCCUGUUGGAUCAUCCUCCGGCGGAGAUUACGGCUUGCAUUAAUAAGUUGACGUUCGCGCAGUGUACCUAUUUGUUGAGCGUGUACUGGCUGGAGAUUCUGCGCGUUGAGAACGCUUCCGAGCCCAGCUUGGAGCCGAUCUUGAACUACCUGUGCGAUAACGCGCUGCUGAAAGACAAGUACGGGAUGUGGCAGUGUAUCCGCUGUAUCGGGGAUCAGGUGUUUGAGAAGUUCCGGAGCGUCCUGUUGGCGCAGGAUGUUGUGAGGGAGAAGGUUCUGGAAUCGCAAGCGAUGUUGUUGUUGGUCUACUUCAACCACAUCCACAAGCAGAUCCAGCUCGUGGCGGAUCAGUAUCUUUCCCAGCUGGUCGACAAGUUCCCGCAUCUCCUUUGGAACCGGAAGGUUCUGUGGUGCAUGCUGGACGUUCUCCAGCUGCUAGCGUUUUCCCUGACGCUGGAUCCCAACGAAGAAACGCCGACCUUGCGCGUGGCGUCCACUCCGUACACUCUGCAGUUGAUGGACAGUCUUCCGGCGCGUGAAAGCCGUGUCAAGGACUUUGCCGACCGCUGCCAGGGCAUUGUCAACGAGGCGAUGAAGUGGGCUCCCAAGUCCACCCGAAGUCAUCUGCAAGAGUACCCAAACCAGGUACCGUCGACGACUCUCUCCAACCACAGCGGGCUGGCGCUGGCUGUGGAUUCGAUCCUCCACACCUGGGUCACCAACGCGAGCAUCCAGACGACCUCGAAGCGGCCACACUGCGUCAACAGUGACACCUCCAAGUUCGUGUCGGUUCUCUGUCUGCGUAGCAAAUACGCAGGAGAAAUCUCCGGACUGCUGUCGGUUCUGGAAGACGAGGAGAAGAAGGGUUUGGCCGACCGUCUGGUGAAGGAAAUUUGGGACGCCUGCGCGGAGAAGAAUGACCCCAAGCAUCGUGGAGCUCUCUGGAGAGCCACCGCUUACCUAAUCCUCUGCUCCAGCGCCAAUCGGAAGUUGCUGCACGCGAUCUCCUCCUCCCAGGUUCAGCUCUUUACUGAAUCCGCGAUGGAAACGGCCGUCGAGUGCUGGCAGUGGAUCCUGACAGCCCGGCAGGACCUAGAGCUUUGCUUCAUCCAGGAGAUGGUCACCGCUUGGCAAACCACGUUCGACAAGCGGAUCGGGCUGUUCACGGAAGAAGUCGACAUUACCAGUCCGCUGGCGGCUUACGAGGGCUGUAAGCUUGUUCCGAAGCCCAUCGUCGUCGCUCCACACUUGAUCUGGCUUCAGCUCCUAUCGGAGAUGGUCGAUACCGCUAAAUACUGCAACCGUGACAAGGUCGAGAUGUUCUGCAUGCUGCUCCAUCGGUGUCUUCCGUUCAGCCGAGAUUUCAAGCAAACCCGACACAUCUCAACCGUCGGAUGCCGUUUCAAGCUGCUCCAGUGCGGCUUGUCUCUUCUGCAAGGCAACACGAUCCCGAAAUCGCUUGCCAGGAACAUCCUGCGCGAGCGGAUCUACGCCAACGCGCUGGACUACUUCUGCGGACCCCAACUUUGCCCAAGCCAACCGCGAGAAGCGCUGCUCGAAGACAUCGGGGUCCUGCUCAAGUUCUGGCAGACUAUGCGCAGCGAAAAGAAGCACCUCGUCGCUUCGGAAGUAAGCGAUUACGAUCUAAACCCGGCGACGACGCAAAAUCUCUCCGUCAACAAGUCUUCUCUGGAUACCGUUUCGCUCGCCGGAAGCGAAGUAGCCCGCUCCACCAGCAGUGGAAACGCCGGCUGGUACAACACCAUUCCUCACUCCACGUCAACGCUUUCGAAGCGAUCGAGCCGGAUCAAGCGUCCACCCUACCAGAAGGACGCCUACGACAAGGACUACAUGAAGAAGCGCAACCUCAUUCUGGAACUGCUAGCCGUGGAGAUCGAGUUCAUGCUUAUCUGGGCGAACCCUCUUUCCACCCCGGAACUACAAGUUCUCGGCGAAGAAUCCGUCUCCGAGUGGCGCGCUCGCCCCAUCAAGCUGAACGUCUGGCGCGACUACACCCGCCUCGCUUGGUCCUACAACCCAGCCCUCGCCAUCUUCCUGCCCCAGCGUAUCCGGAACGCCGAAACCAUCGAAGACGAAGUGACCCGCCUGGUCUGCUCGGACCCGCUAGCCGCCAUCCACAUCCCGGAAGCACUCAAAUAUCUCGUCACGACGAGAACCCUCCUCAACGAGGCUCCCGAGCUCGUCUACAUGCUAACGUGGGCCCGCGUCAACCCGAUCCAGUCCCUCUCGUACUUCUCGCGCCAGUAUCCGACGCAUCCGCUGACUGCGCAGUACGCCGUCAACACCCUCAACGCGUACCCGGCCGAAGCCGUGCUUCCCUACAUUCCCCAGCUGGUGCAAGCGCUGCGGCACGAUACGAUGGGCUACGUGACGGAGUUCAUCAAGCACAUAUCCAAGCGCUCGCAGAUUGUGGCCCACCAGCUGAUUUGGAACAUGCAGACCAACAUGUACAUCGACGAGGAGAUGCACAACAAAGAUCCUGUUUUGUACGACGGUCUGGAGGCCCUGUCCGCGAACAUCAUCUCUUCCCUGUCCGGUCCGGCGAAGCGCUUCUACGAGCGGGAGUUUGAUUUCUUCGGCAAAAUUACAGCCGUCAGCGGAGAGAUCCGUUCGUUCCCGAAGGGGCAAGCCCGCAAGAAGGCCUGCCUGGAUGCGCUCAGCCGUAUCAAGGUGCAGGCCGGGUGCUACCUGCCGUCGAAUCCGGAAGCGAUGGUGCUGGAUAUCGAUUACAACAGCGGAACGCCCAUGCAGAGCGCGGCGAAGGCACCGUACUUGGCCCGGUUCCGGGUGCAUCGGUGCGGUAUUAACGAGUUGGAGACGAUGGCCAUGGAGGUUUCGAACAAUCCGAACAAUCAGCUGGACGGCGGGCCGAAGUUGAGCUCGAUGGGUCCGGAAAUGUGGCAGGCUGCCAUCUUCAAGGUGGGCGAUGACGUGCGGCAGGACAUGCUGGCGCUGCAGGUGAUUUCGAUCUUCAAGAACAUCUUCCAGCAAGUGGGGUUGGAGUUGUUCCUGUUUCCGUACCGGGUGGUCGCCACGGCUCCGGGGUGUGGCGUGAUCGAGUGCGUUCCGAACGCCAAGUCUCGCGAUCAGCUGGGACGGCAGACGGAUUCUGGGUUGUACGAGUACUUCCUGCACCAGUACGGGGACGAAACGUCCAAAGAGUUCCAGGCGGCUCGCAGUAACUUUGUCAAGUCGAUGGCCGCCUACUCGGUGAUCGGAUAUCUGCUGCAGAUCAAGGAUCGUCACAAUGGCAACAUCAUGAUCGACAAGGACGGUCACAUCAUCCAUAUUGAUUUUGGCUUCAUGUUCGAGUCGUCACCGGGCGGCAACAUUGGCUUCGAGCCCGACCUGAAGCUCACGGACGAGAUGGUGAUGGUCAUGGGCGGCAAGAUGGAGGCCGCUCCGUUCAAGUGGUUCUGCGAUCUGUGCGUGCAGUCGUUCCUCGCGAUCCGACCCUACCAGGACGCGAUCGUGACGCUGGUUUCGCUCAUGCUGGACACCGGGCUGCCGUGCUUCCGGGGACAGACGAUUACGCUGUUGAAGCAGCGCUUUGUUCCGACGAAAAACAACAAAGAAGCGGCGGCCCACAUGCUCGGCGUGAUCCGGAACUCGUACCAGAACUUCCGCACGCGGACGUACGACAUGAUCCAGUAUUAUCAGAACCAGAUUCCGUAUUAAAAAGGCGCGCUUUGGGACAAGGGGAAAAGGUAAGUGGGAAAUUGCAUUUUAGAAAGAAGGAGGGAAUACCAAAUUUGUGGGAAAAUAUCAUUGUGUGCGUUUGUGUUGGAAGGGAAUAUUUAUUCGGGACAAAGUCUAUUCUGAUGUGAUGCAAGCUAUAGUCAAACUCAACCUGUUUGUUGAUCUAUCUUGUUAUUGGUGUAUCAAAUAAAAUUAUUGGUAAAUGUGCAA